AGGCGCCGGAGGGAGCAACCCUGCGAAGCAGGGCCCAGGUUGGGCAGGACCAGCCACUUUACAGGUGAUCGGCGGGACCGCAGUGGCUUACAGGAACUGGAGGCGCUACAAUCGCAGCUGGAUGUGCGUAUUUCCCAAGUGAUGGAGGUGGACUGUCGAGACAUUCCUUUGUCGCCAACGAGGCAGGACCCCAAGCAGGUGCCAACUCCUGCGCCACUCCCGAGGGGAGCAGAUUUGGCCUCCAGUCGCUGGUUCAAAGAGUUAGAGGCCUCUUGGGCUGCCGGCGCAGCCGCGGCGAAGCCGCCUGCGCCAAAGCCAGUGCCACCUGCGCCGCAAGCGCCAGCGGCUCAAGCGGAACUGACGCUAGAGCCGAUGGUGGAACCCGUGACAAAGUCGGCAGGUGUUGAAGGUCUGGUCUUGACGCCGACCUACUUUCAUUUCAGGCGGAUUGUGGGAUUCUGCGAUUCCGGACGCAGGUCCUCUGAGGCAGCAACAAUCAUUGAAGAACAACUCCCAAACAGAUAGAAACAUGUUUCCAGGAUGUUAUGGAAGAUGCUUCGCUCAUUCAUUUCCAGCUUUUUUUUAACUUUUCACAAUUGUUUUAGGGGUUGCUAUACUCUAUGGCUAGUGACAUUUUUGACGGCGCAAAACAUGGGAAGUCCCAUGGUUCUGGCCUUAACGCAGGAGCGACGAGUAGGAUUCACCAUCGCCGCAGUGUGGCCACACCGCAUUGUACCAUAGUUUCCUGAAGCAGAUGGAGGUGGCACGAAGGAACUGCCACAUCAAUUGGGGCUGGCUAGUCUUUACCCUUUUUGCAUCUUGUAGAUACAGGAUGAUUGUCUGCGUGGAGCCCUUUAUGUUCCGGACAACAACAGUCUUUGGCGGAUAUUGGUUGGAAAAGUGGAGCAUGCAAACUUUGCC